UGAUUUACGGCGACGGACCGGUCACUGCCGUGUUUUGUAAGGUUUACAGAAGGGUGUUGGGUAAGAUUGCAACUUCAUUGGGACUUCAAAUUUUUGUUUUCUUUUGAAUGUAACCAGCAAAAGCCACAUAACCAUUCUUGGUGAGUGUGUUUAAAGCCUUCCCAUUGGCCGCUCUGUGUGAUCCCCAGCCAGUCAUGCUGCUGCCCCUGCUCCUGCGGGAGUGCUGUUCCAGGCACGGCCUGCAGGUGGCGUCCAGUGUCCGUUCCUGCAUCCGGACCCCAGACUGGAGAGAGCUGCACUCGCUCCGGGGUCCCUCUCUCCUGCGCGGGCAGGGCCGCGGGCCGCUGGACUCGUUUACAGAAGCGUUCCUGCUGCGGCGGGCACCGUCGCGUCUGCACCUCCAGAGCCGGGGCGCCAAGGGCAGGAAGAACUACCGGCAGGCACAGGAGGAGGAGUGGAGGCAGCGGAACAAGACAGUGCUGACGUACAUCGCCGCUGCUGGCGUGGGCAUGAUUGGCAUGGCGUACGCCGCCGUGCCACUCUACCGACUCUACUGCCAGGCAUCAGGAUUGGGUGGCACGGCGGUGGCGGGUCAUGACACGGAGCAGGUGGCCACCAUGACCCCCAUAAAAGACCGGGUCAUCAAGGUGACCUUCAACGCAGACACGCAUGCCAGCAUGCAGUGGAACUUCCGACCGCAACAGACAGAGAUUUACGUGGUACCUGGAGAGACAGCUCUGGCCUUCUACAAAGCGUUUAACCCCACAGAUAAGCCCGUCAUCGGAAUCUCCACAUACAAUGUGGUGCCCUUUGACGCUGGACAAUACUUCAACAAAAUACAGUGUUUCUGCUUUGAGGAGCAGAGAUUGAACCCCAAAGAGGAGGUGGACAUGCCCGUGUUCUUCUACAUCGACCCAGAGUUCGAUGAAGACCCCCGUAUGGCACGCGUUGACACCAUCACACUCUCAUACACCUUCUUCGAGGCGAAGGAGGGGCAGCAGUUACCUCUGCCGGGGUACAGCUAAAGACUCUUCCGGGGUACAGCCCCACCUUGUCAAUCAUCGUUUCAUGCUGUAUUUAAUGGAAACGGGGAGGAGAGACAUUGCUGUUAAAAUUGAGACAGUGGUGCCGUGGUCCACACCCUGAAAUUCUUGAUGCAACCCUGCCCCCUGGUGGCCUCUUUGUGUAACACUCAUGGUGUGCAGUUUGACUGAAAGCCCCAUGUGACUGAAGAAGAAGCUCAUAAGGGAAGUAUAAAGUGAUUACAGCUCAGUGCUGGUAUCCCAAACCUUUCCGCUCUGAUGGGGUUGACAUUUACCCAUCACAACUCAUGGCUCUCUAUAGUGACCUAGUCGUGAGAGAAAAACACCUCAAAUGACUGUGCAGAUCAGAUAGCUGCUGAGUCUGACUAUAUCUGUAAUUAUGUACAGAAGAACUGUUAGUGUAAUAGCUUUUUAUAUCGUUAUUUGUCAUUUACUGUUGACCCACUCACUGGUGGCAAAUACAAAUUACCAUUAAAUUAAAUAAUCGGCUUGAUGUGCAGGGUAGAUAUACAGCCAUCUAAUAAUCAUCUGGAUGAAUAUCAUAAUAAAUAUAUUCAAAAUA